UUUCUCACACACACGAAAACAGGGAGUCCAGACAGAGAGAGAGAGAGAGAGAGAUGGGUAAAAGCGCAGGUAGCAGAACUACCACCCACUAGCAGGUACUACAACUACAGUCUUCAGCUUCUUCUUCACCACCAUUAUCAGUGACAGCUCGCUGUUCCUUUUCCAUUACUGGAAACAAAAACCGAACCCCCCAUGUUCAUAUUCAUCCCUAUCCUUUUCCUUCAGAGAAACCCCUCACGUGUACCCCUACAUGCCUUGUGUAUGUAAAUAUAUAUAUGCACUUCCUCUGAGUAACCUCUCUUCCUAUGUUACAGGAGCUCAAACUCUCGAGUUUCGUCAUCUCCGUCGUCGUCCUCGUGCUUGGAUCGUUCGAAUUCUGCUAGUCGUCAUCUGGGUUUCUCUGCUUCAGAAAAAAUCUUGCUUUCUUGAAUCUCGGGAUCCAGUUUCGUGGUUGCCUCUGUCUUUGGGGGUUGUGCUUUCUUGAGUUUGGAGUUAUUGGCUGUCAAUCUCGUUGAAUCAGAAGCUUCUUGAGCAGUUGCAGAUGGUGGAUUCUGUUCUCUGAGGUCUUGGGGUAUGAAGUUUCUUGCUCGAGCUUCGGAACGUUUUGUGGGGGUUUUCUUUGGGUUUUAAAUGAAAUUAACUGAGAGCGAAUGAGGCGGAAAUGGGUUGUGUUUUGUAGCGGAACCGGGUUUGGUUGAAGGUUCUGGGAUGGAUCAUUAUACGUGGUUUCAGCAUUAUAAAAACGUCUUGAGCUAGGCCAGCUUUGAGUAGUUUGAAGCUGUUCAAUAAGAUGGUGUUUGUGGAUUUGAUUCUGUGGGUUUUGUCAGUGAAGGUGAUGGAGAUGCUAAAGUCUGGUGUUAUAUUAUGAAGAGAAAAUUGGGGUAAAAAGGAAGAGAAAAAGAAACUUUUCUUGGUCAGUGCAGUGGUUGUAUACUUAAACCCAGAGAAUUCGAGUGAAAAUAAGAGAAGGUUCGCAAUUUUGGAUCUCCUUUAGUUGGUGUUGAAAUUUUCUUAAAGACGUGUUCAGAUUUCAGAGUUCCGCUGAAAUUUGGAUUUUGCAGUUCUGAUUGCCAGAAAAAUGAGGCUGUCUUCAGCUGGUUUUUCUCCCCAAACCCAGGAAGCUGAAUUUGCUUUUUCUAAAUUCUUGGAUGCUGGAUUUGGGUUCUUGCUGUUACCUCUGAGAAGCCACGAUUGGGAAAAAAAAGAGAGAGAAAUCAAUCUAUUUUCCGCACUAUGGCCGUACCAAGUGGCCAUGUUAUCUUGUGAAAAGAGAGUUCUGAAUUCUGAACUUUGGCAUGCUUGUGCUGGUCCUCUUGUUUCUCUGCCUGCUAUCGGAAGCAGAGUUGUCUACUUCCCUCAGGGUCAUAGCGAGCAGGUUGCAGCAUCGACCAAUCAAGAGGUAGAUGCUCAAAUUCCUAACUACCCAAGCUUGCCUCCACAACUUAUCUGCCAGCUUCACAAUUUGACCAUGCAUGCAGAUAUUGAGACGGACGAAGUAUAUGCUCAAAUGACAUUGCAACCACUUAGUCCACAAGAGCAAAAGGAAGCAUACCUUCCAGCAGAAUUAGGCUCCCCCAGCAAGCAACCCACAAAUUACUUUUGUAAAACAUUGACUGCCAGUGAUACCAGUACACAUGGUGGUUUCUCGGUUCCCCGCCGGGCAGCUGAAAAAGUGUUCCCACCUUUGGAUUACUCCCUACAGCCUCCAGCACAGGAAUUAAUGGCAAGGGAUCUUCACGACAAUGAAUGGAAAUUUAGGCAUAUAUUUCGCGGCCAGCCAAAGAGGCAUCUUCUUACAACAGGAUGGAGUGUGUUUGUUAGCGCUAAAAGGCUUGUUGCUGGUGAUUCGGUGCUCUUUAUAUGGAACGAGAAGAACCAAUUACUUCUUGGGGUUAGACGUGCUAAUCGACCUCAAACAGUGAUGCCAUCAUCAGUUUUAUCAUGUGACAGCAUGCACUUGGGUCUUCUUGCAGCUGCAGCCCACGCAGCUGCAACAAAUAGCCGCUUCACCAUAUUUUAUAACCCAAGGGCUAGCCCAUCUGAGUUUGUCAUAUCCCUGGCCAAAUACAUCAAAGCAGUUUAUCAUACACGUGUUUCUGUUGGCAUGCGCUUUAGGAUGCUUUUUGAAACAGAAGAAUCUAGUGUCAGGCGCUAUAUGGGAACUAUUACAGGCAUAUGUGACUUGGAUCCCGUUCGAUGGCCAAAUUCCCAUUGGCGGUCUGUGAAGGUCGGAUGGGACGAGUCCACAGCCGGGGAGAGACAGCCAAGAGUGUCAUUGUGGGAGAUUGAACCACUUACAACAUUCCCCAUGUACCCGUCUCCCUUUCCCCUAAGGCUCAAACGCCCUUGGCCAACUGGACUACCCACUUAUGGCCUCAGGGACGAUGACAUGGGAAUGGCUUCUCCAUCAAUGUGGCUUCGAGAUGGAGACCGAGGAAUUCAGUCCCUAAACUUCCAAGGAAUGGGGUUGACACCGUGGAUGCAACCGAGGCUGGAUGCGUCCAUGCUCGGGUUGCAAACAGACAUGUACCAAGCUAUGGCCGCCGCAGCUCUACAGGAAAUGAGAGCCGCUGAUCCCUCCAAGCUGGCUGCCACUUCCCUUAUGCCUGUUCAGCACAUGCAGAACAUACCAAGCGCUUCCGCUUCUUUGAUGCCAUCCCAAAUGUUGACAUCAACUCAGCCUCAGCAGUCUCUUCUCCAAGGGAGUCGAGCUAGCCCGCGUCAUUCAGUUUCUCAGGACCAAGUGCAGUCUCACCUUCUUCAGCGACAGCUGCAGCAUCAGAACUCGUUUACUAAUCACCAGCAGCCACAGCAAGAGCAGCUGCGGCAGCAGCUGGUCAACCAGGACCAGAUUCGUAGUGAUUCUUCCCCGUCUCAAUUCACUUUGUCCUCUCAGUCUCACACCGCAUCACUGCAAACCAUGCCUUCCCUUUGCCAGCAACUGAGCUUUUCUGAUUCAACUGGCAAUCCUGUCACUAGCCCCGUCGUCUCUCCCCUGCAGACCCUCUUGGGCUCUUUUACUCAAGAUGAGUCAACCCAUCACCUCAACUUGCCCAGGACCAAUUCCUUGGUGUCCCCUUCUUCCUGGCCGUCAAAGCGAGCUGCAAUCGAAUCUCUUGUUCCUUCAGGGGCUUCCCAAGGCACUUUGCCUCAGAUGGAUCAGAUGGAUCAGCUGGGCCCGCCCCAGAAUAAUCUUUCUCCAAGUUCUGUCUCAUUGCCACCUUUUCCUGGCAGAGAAUGUUUGGACCAAGAAGUCACUGACGUGCAGAGCCAUCUUUUAUUCGGAGUUAAUCUAGAACCCUCAUCACUACUGAUGCAGAAUGGGAUCUCAAGCAUAAGGGCUGUUGGCAGCGAAAGUGACUCGACAUCCAUGCCCUUCACUUCUAACUAUAUCAGCAACACUGGUGCAGACUUUGCACCUAAUCCAUCGGUGGCCCCUCCCGGUGGCAUCGACGAUUCGGGUUUUCUGCAAUCACAAGAAAAUCUGAAUCAAGUAAACCCACCGACGAGAACCUUUGUUAAGGUUUACAAGUCAGGGUCCUUCGGCAGGUCACUAGACAUCACGAAAUUCAGCAGCUACAAUGAGUUGCGGAGUGAGCUUGCUCGCAUGUUUAGCCUUGAAGGCCAGUUGGAGGACCCUCUGAGAUCAGGCUGGCAGCUUGUAUUCGUAGAUAGGGAGAAUGAUGUUCUUCUCCUUGGUGAUGGCCCUUGGCCGGAGUUUGUGAACAGUGUUUGGUGCAUCAAGAUACUCUCACCUCAAGAAGUCCAGCAAAUGGGCAAACGCGGUCUGGAGCUUCUGAAUUCCGUCCCUGUUCAAAGGCUCUCGAACGGUACUUGCGAUGAAUUCACAAACCGACAGGAUUCUAGAACCAUGAGCUCCGGAAUACCAUCAGUGGGGUCUCUUGAUUAUGGAACUCUAUGACCAGUUAAGAUGCAAUUUCCUCCUGUAAUAUUCAGUCUUUGUCCAAGCCAUGUGCGGUUGGAAAGAUGACUUGCAUUAGAUGGUAACACUAUGCAUAAGUUAGCACUGUAAUGAUAUUUGCGUCUCCCCCAUGUAUCCGAAUUGUGCUAUAUGCCAUAUCGCUACUAGGAAUUAGUUAUCGUAACAUUAGAUAUGCUGGGUAUUGCAGAUGUUCUGAUCUCUUAUUCAUCAACGUUCUUUCUGUGUAGUCUGUAGUGUUCGUGUGGCAUUAUUUGCAGUCGAAGGAACUGGAGACCACGAAACUUUCUCUAUAUUUGGCUUUUA